AUGGCUUCUAACCAUGGGGGUGCGGCGCUGGAAGAGAGCGUGCGUGCUCUCGAUGUCACCGACUCCUCUGAUGCAGAGAAUUCUCACGAGUCCUCUCCCACUCCCGCUGCUUUGUUUCUCCCUCAUUCCAAGCACUUCCCUCUUCCCACCCAUCAGAGCGUGGACGUGGUUGAUCUGCUGCCCGGCCCCAUCUGGCACAUCAUCUUCCGCCACCUGCUGCUACCACCAGGCAGUUCCGCUCACCUACAGAAGCAGGACGAUCCUUUGAAGAAACUGUCUUCGCGGGAAGCGCACAGCAGUUUGCGUGACCUGGUUAAUCUGCUUACCACAGAAGCGUCUGCUCAGCUGCAGCAGCGACUCUCUCUUAGCGCAUUUCAGUGGGAAGAAGGCAGCAGUUCCUCAGCCACAACCAGACCACUUUCCGCCUGUGAGCAGCAUGAGGAGAACGCGAGGCGCUUCGGCUCCUCCUGGCCUCUGCUGCGCUGUGCCAUGGCCAGCAAGAGACUCUUCGAGCAUGUCAUCUCCUUCUCUGAGCUGGAGCCAAUCUGCCUCAUAUUCAACGAUCAGGAACCCCAGUGGACAGGAAUGCUCUCAUGGUUCCUCAGACGGACAGGCCACAAAUCCUUCGAAGACUGCCUGAUCUAUCCGGGCCUCUUCAAGCAGUUUGGCCAGCUGCAACGGCUUAAGCUAUGCCGUGGGAGGUGGCAGCUAGGCAGUGUGGAUGCAGCAUGGUUCACGGCGCUGAGGAGUCUGACCAUCAGUCAUGUUGACUGCAGAGAUUGGGAUUACAACUUCCUGUCUUCCAUUACCCCGCAGCUGCAUGAAUUCUUUCUUUCUUCCUCCAACCGUGACAUUUGCAGCCUCAAACUCGGCUUCGCUGUUGCUCGAGUUGUCUCAGUCAGCUUUGAGGGCAUGCUGCUUACAGUUGACUUCUCCCUCCCUCCCACUCUCAAGUCGCUUUCUAUCUCGGCAGAGGACCUGGAGCUACUCCGCAUCAUAGCGCCAACAGUGGAGACGCUUUUAGUGAGGCAUGGCUGGCCAAUGGAGGACGUGGAUGCAGAGUGGAGCCGCCUGCGCUCUCUUGGGAUUGCUGGGCCAACUGAUGAUGAUGAUGAUGCAGGUGAUGAAGCUGCUUCCUCUGGGUAUCACGGUGGUGCUGCUCUGCAGGUUAUAGCCGUCACAUUCCCGCCACCCUAUCGCCGCUUCCCGCCACCCGUCUCCCCUGUUCGCCGCCCAAUCUCCCGUGCUCGCCGCCCGAUCUCCCCUUCCCGCGGCCCGAUCUCCCCUUCCUGCCGCCCGAUAUCCCCUUCCCGCAUCCUCUCGCCUUUCCGCGUAGCCUCCUCUCGCCUCUCCGCGCGGCCUCCUCUCGCCUCUCCGCGCGGCCUCCUCUCGUCUCUCCGCGCGGCCUCCUCUCGCCUCUCCGCGCGGCCUCCUCUCACCUCUCCGCGCGGCCUCCUCUCGCCUCCCCGCGCCGUCUCCUCUCGCCUCCCCGCGCGGCCUCCUCUCGCCUCUCCGCGCGGCCUCCUCUCGCCUCCUCUCGCCACUCCGCGCGGCCUCCUCUCGCCUCUCCGCGCGGCCUCCUCUCGCCUCUCCGCGCGGCCUCCUCUCGCCUCCCCGCGCGGCCUCCUCUCGCCUCUCCGCGCGGCCUCCUCUCCCCUCCCUUUGCCCUCGCUACCCCCUUCCCAUGCCAUCGCUUCCCCCUCCCGUCGCCCUCGCUUCCCCUCCCAUCGCCCUCGCUUCCCCCUCCCAUCGCCCUCGCUUCCCCCUCCCAUCGCCCUCGCUUCCCCCUCCCAUCGCCCUCGCUUCCCCCUCCCAUCGCCCUCGCUUCCCCCUCCCGUCGCCCUCGCUUCCCCCUCCCUUUGCCCUCGCUUCCCCCUCCCAUCGCCAUCGCUUCCCCCUCCCAUCGCCCUUGCUUCCCCCUCCCGUCGCCCUUGCUUCCCCCUCCCGUCGCCCUCGCUUCCCCCGCCCAUCGCUAGUCCACUUGCGCCAUCUGUCAGCGUGGGGCAGCAGCACCACCAACGCCUCCUCCUCUCACCUCCUUGCCUUCCUCUUCCCCCUCUCCCCCCCAAACCCCCACCCACUCUUCCCCUGCAGUUGCUGGUUCACUUGCGCCAUCUGUCAGUGUGGGGCAGCAGCAUCACCAACGCCUCUGCGCCGCUGCUCCCUUUCCCCACUCCCACCAUCCUCUUUCCACCCCCGCCUCUCCCCCUUCCCCUGCAGUCGCUCGUUCACUUGCGCCAUCUGUCAGUGUGGGGCAGCAGCAUCACCAGCGCCUCUGCCUCGCUGCUCCUCGCCUUCCCCCGCCUGCUCUCCGCCAACCUCGCCUGGACUGCCCUCUCCCACCUCCCCGCCCACCCCUCCCUCACCGCCCUCCACCUCUCCCACUGCCCCCUGCUUUCCAUUGGCUUCCCUCUCCCCUCCUCCUCAUCCUCUCCCUCCGCCUCCUCUCCUUCCUCCUCUCACUCCUCCUCCUCUUCCUCCUUCCCCCUCACUCAUCUGGUUCUCUCUGGUGCCUCAAUCGCUCCUCCCUCCUCCCUCUUCCCUCCUCACCUCCUCGCCUUCCUCACUCACCUCACCUCGACCCCUCUACUGCUGCUGUCCCUGACGCCCUUCUGUUACACCUCGCCCACUCCCUUCCCCACACGGUACGUUAGCUCCUCACCACUCUCCCUCACACACCUUGAUCUCUCUGGCUGA